CGUGCAGCCAUGUCCUUAUGCAAGCGUCCUUUUUGUCUUCCUAAGAUGCCUAAGGACAGAGAUUUCCUCCGCUGUCAGAUGUCUUUCUGCUUGACUGAACUGCACCUGUGGUCUCUGAAAAGCACCUUACACAUUGCGGAUAGAGACAUCGGCGUCUACCAGUACUAUGACAAGAAAGAUCUACCAGUAUCAGCAGCAGAGCAUGGUAACUUAGAAGAAAAACAAAGGCUGGCAGAAUCACGAGAUUAUCCUUGGACACUCAAAAAUAGACGCCCCGAAAAACUUCGAGAUUCACUGAAAGAGUUGGAGGAGCUGAUGCAAAACAGUCAGUGUGUGCUGAGCCAAUGGAAGAGCAAACGCAUCUGUCAGCUCCUCUUUGGUUCAGGUGUGCUGGUGUCCCUAAGCCUUUCUGGGCCUCAGCUGGAGAAAGUGGUGAUUGACAGAAGCCUGGUGGGGAAGCUCAUCUCAGACACCAUCAGUGAUGCUCUCCUUACAGACAGUUUCAUCAUCUUAUCAUUUCUGGCACAAAACAAAUUAUGUUUUAUUCAGUUUGCAAAGAAGAUGGAUUCUCUUGAUGUAAACAAGAGGUUGGAAAAGCUCUCAGCCUUGGAUUAUAAGAUUUCCUACCAUGACAUACCUGGCCCAGCCACCAGGACAGUAGAUCGUCACUUAGCCAUCAACUCCACUCAGGAUCUAGCUGUUUGCUGGUGGCCUCUGCUCAGCGAUGACGCUUGGCCUUGGACUCCGAUCGCUUCUGAGAAGGACAGAGCCAAUAUGCUGCUUCUGGGCUUUACUCAAGGAGGAUUGGAGGUCCUGAGCUCUGUUCGCACAGAAUGGAAUCCUCUGGAUGUUCACUUUGGCACCAGACAACCUUAUCAGGUGUUCACAGUGGAGUGCUCCUUCAGUGUAGACCAGGAGCCCAUGGCUGACAGCUGUAUCUACGAGUCUGUCAGGAACAAACUCCAUUGCGUGUCAGUUACCAGAAUACCACUAAGGUCGAAGGCCAUCAGCUGCUGUAAGAAUUCUACGGAAGACAAACUGAUUGUGGGCUGUGAAGACUCUUCCGUAAUUCUCUAUGAAGCUCACCGUGGAGUGACUCUCUUGGCCCAGGCUGAACUUAUGCCUUCAUUAAUAAGCUGCCACCCAAGUGGUGCCAUUCUGCUGGUUGGCAGCAACCAAGGGGAAUUACAAGUUUUUGACAUUGCUCUGUCCCCUAUCAACAUCCAGCUCUUGGCAGAAGAUUGCUUACCAAAGGAGACUCUGCAAUUCAAUAAAUUCUUUGAUUUUUCCAGCAGUCUUGUUCAUAUGCAGUGGAUUGCUCCUCCCGUUGUUUUCCAGAAGCCUAAAAGAGGAGAAAUCUGUGAUCUCCUCUUCCUCAGGUUCAACAGAGGACCUUUGGGUGUGCUGUUGUUUAAACUUGGUGUCCUCACGCGAGGACAGCUGGGCCUGGUGGACCUUAUCUUCCAGUACAUUCACUGUGAUGAGGUGUACGAGGCCGUCAGCGUUCUGAGCAGCAUGAACUGGGACACCCUGGGCCAGCAGUGCUUCAUCAGCAUGAGCACCAUCGUGAACCAUCUUCUCAGACAGAGGCUCACUCCAGAGAGGGAAGCACAGCUUGAGGCAAGCCUUGGAACCUUCUAUGCUCCAGCGAGACCGCUUCUGGAUACAACUGUUCUGGCAUACAGAGACCCGGUCGGCACAUACGCCAGGAGGCUCUUCCACCACUUGCUCAGGUACCAGAGAUUUGAAAAGGCCUUUCUUCUAGCGGUUGACAUUGGAGCUCGUGACCUGUUCAUGGAUAUUCAUUACCUUGCCCUGGAUAUGGGUGAGCUGGCACUGGCUGAAGUGGCAAGAAGAAGGGCAGAUGACAUUGAUGUCGAGUCAGUGUGCUCUGGAGUUGAACUCCUGGGGCCCUUGGACAGAAGAGACAUGCUGAAUGAAGGUUUUGCCAGCUCAGCUUUAACACCUGAAGGAGGAAAUCCAUUUCCAGACCUUCUUCCUUCCAGUGGUUCAACACCCAAGCAUACUAUUCAACAGAAAAUACCAAAUGGCCCUUCAAACAGAUGGGCAAUUGAAAGAAGGAAUGAGGUGAUGGAGGAGACAGAGGAGGAAGAGGAGGAGGAGGAGGAGGCAGCGGCUUGCACUGACUCUUCAGUGGCUACUACCUGGGAUGCAGAAGGUAAAGGAGUUCAGAUCCCACGGAGGACGAUGGGAAAUGGGUCAUUCAGGAGUUUCUGUAAAUUAGUGAUGAGAAACCUUAGCAUUGCUUGUCAAUGAGACUGUUGGUAGCUGAUACGUUAUCUGGUAAAAACAAAGGCAGCCAUUGAUGGCUGUAGGAAUAAAUACACUU